AUGGCCGAAAUCCGUGAAAUAUCAGACUUCUUUGGGAUUGCAGCUGCCGCCGAAGCCGCCAUCGCAGCCGCACCCGUUGAGGCCGAGAGCCAAUCAGCCGCGCCAGAGAGCUCCAACAGGCUCAGUCAAAGGCGCCCAGUGACCCCAGCGGCUCCCGCGACUCACCCGCAACUGACCAGCGGUAAGCUGAUUCGGGUUCUUAAGCUCUCGCCGGGCUGCUACGAUGACCCGAUCCACGGAGUCAUGGAACUGGCCGACCUCGACAAGUCGCCCCGGUACGACGCCUUGUCGUACACCUGGGCCGACGAGCACGGCAGCCGCGCGCUCAGCCACGGGAUCUUCCUCGGGCCAGAGUGGCGCUACUUCCCCGUCACCAUCAACUGCGCUGCUGCCCUGCGCCGCCUCCGCCAUAGGCAGGUGAAGUCCCGGCGCAUCUGGAUCGACUCGAUCUGCAUUGACCAGAGCAACGUGCAGGAGAGGUCGUACCAGGUGGGCCUGAUGAGCAUCAUAUACUCCAGAGCUGGCUCCGUCAUCAUGUACGUCGGCGAGCACAGCUGCGGGCGCGACGUGCAUGGCAACCGGUUCAUGACCCUUGUCCGAGAGGCCCGCGAGGGGUACAGCAUCGCCACAGAGGUCUCCGGCUCCGACCGGUGGGCAGCGCCGCACUUCUUCCAACGGCCCUACUUCUCACGCAUCUGGAUCAUCCAGGAGGUGGCCCUGUCGCGGUCGGCGCACGUAUGCUGCGGGCCCGACGUCCUCCCUUGGUCCAAGUUUCGGCCCCAGCGGUUGAAGCUUGCCGGGGUUGAGAAAUCACACAUCCCGUCGUGGACGGACCUUACUUCGGUGCCCAAGGCGGAGCGAUCCUGGGAUGUCAAGGACUUCCCCAAGAUCCUUUUCGCCACCUCUCAGUGCAGGAGCGCAGAUCCACGAGACAGGAUCUUUGGCCUCCUGGGGCUUUUUGAGGGCAGCGAGGAUGCAAAUGAAACGCAGCUGCAAGCCGACUAUUCCAUCUCGACGGAGGAGACUUUCAUCGGGACCGCGGCCUUUCUCCUCAACGAGCUGGGCCUAGACUACAUGCUAAAGCUAUCGAAUAUCCGGCCGAGAGAAUACGUAGCAAGCCUGCCCUCCUGGGUGCCAACGUGGACCCAAAAGCCUUCCGAUCUGAGCUGCAUGGACCCCUCGGAGAAGUUGCUGAGUGAGGAACAGCUCAAGCACUAUUUCUGGUCACGCGAGGCGGGAAGCCUUGUUGCCACUUUGGCACCACGCCAGUAUACUUCCAAAUCGUUCCCUGAUAUAGACUUGGACUUCUAUGGAGUUGACAACGAGUCCGGCGGGCUCGUGAUAACUGGGGUCGAGGUGCUAAACAGCUCCAUGUUCCAGUCCUGCAGUGCCAUAUCCAGCAGCAGCGGGGUGAACUUUCAUUACUAUGAUCUCCCCAAGCCGGGAUACAAAGUCGGGGUCCUUCCCCGGUACGACCAGAACAAGCAGGGGAAAUACGACUGGUUCCCAUACCUGCCUGAAGAUCGACUUCUUCCUCGAGACUGUGUUGUUGCUGUUCGAGGGUGUGAUGAACUCCUCCACUUGAGACCCAAGUUGGGCGACUACUUCGAAAUCGUUGGCACUUGCGCCAUGGCUAUGAUCGUGCCUGCAGGCUCUGAGAUGGGCUCCGAGGCUCUGACGGAUGAUAUCGUCAGGGUUAUAUUGUCCAAAACUAAAGUUCCACGUCGAUAUGUACUCAUCUGA